CGAUAUUGAUAUUUAUCUGCUAUAUGUCCAAGUGUGUGUUCUGCCUUUUAUUAGAGGUGUUAAUGUGUAUUUUUAAAAGGCCCAUUGAAAAAAAAGAAGUAGACUAUGAUGUCCUGCGACAGCUAGCAUGUGGAUAGAGUUUCACAUUCUAUAUUUACUCCUCCGUGUGUCACUGAGCUAUUUAAAUGCCAAACGCAUGCUCUUACACCCAAUAAGUUAGGGACAUUCGGGCUGAACACACCAUGAUGGACCUUUUCGAGACCAAUACAUACCUGUUUAACGAUUUACGUUACCUGGAAGCAGACCAUGGAGCUCUGCAACACCUGGACAUGCCGGAAGUUUCUCCUUUGUACCAGGAGGACGAAAGUUCUGAGUCUCAGAAUCUCCAGGAUGACGAAGAGGAACACGUUUUCGUCCCAAAGGCCUUAAAGCCUCAUUGUGACGGUCAGUGUUUGAUCUGGGCGUGUAAGAUCUGUAAGAGAAAGUCAGGACCUACGGACCGGAGGAAAGCAGCGACGCUGCGUGAGAGACGGAGAUUGAAAAAAAUCAAUGAAGCGUUUGAAGCGCUGAAGAGGAAAACUGUCCCCAAUCCAAACCAGAGGCUUCCGAAAGUGGAGAUUUUACGCAGUGCCAUCAGUUACAUCGAAAAACUCCAGGAUUUGUUGCACAACCUGGACGAGCAGGAAAGACUGUCUGAGAAUGGAGGUAUUCACCAGAACCCUAGAGAACACAAUGUGUCUAACGGUGAGUAUCGAUGGAAAAGCACAUGGCAGGGAAACUCAGAUCAUUCCAGUGCAGAAUCGUCUCAACAGAGAGAAGGAUGUGUAACGGAGUCUCUGGCGUCCAGCAGUCUCCGUCGCCUCUCCUCUAUCGUGGACAGCAUUUCCACCGAGGACACAAAGACGAAUGAAGGGUGAUGAAGAAAUGUUUGGAAUGCGUGAAGAAGCUAGGCUCACAUUUCCAUUUUAACUGUUCAAGCUCGUUGUUCAUAUAUUUAUACCAAAACCACUGUGUUCCUGGUGUCUAUUCCGUGUAUCACAAUGUUUCACGUGAUUCCAGUUAUUUCCAGAGAUUCCUGAUCAUUCAUCACUCUUUACUUGUACAGACUUUGAUAU